GCUUAACUUUGGAUGAACAGUCUGAACAGAAGACCAUAUUACAGAGUUCAUCUGACAAAUUGGAUGUUACAACGCAAGGGCUGCAGUCUUUGCUAAUAUAUAUUUCCAUUUAUGGUAAAUAUCUUACCUAAAUAUACGCUGAAGUCGAGGAACCGUCGGCUUUUAAAUCCAGUCGAAGUGAAGUAAGUGAGAUCAAAACUCUGUUUUUACUCUUGGCCAGGUGAGGAAUCUUCAGCACGCUGAGUUAUCUCUACCCCAAGCCGUAGUUAUUCCCAGCAAACGGUCCAACAGGACCUGUGGCGUCUUUCUAACACAAAACCGAAGAUUUACGCCUCGGGUUCCCACAGAGCUAUGUGUGGCGGGAGUGCAUUACAACAACGACUAGCUGUGGACGUCACACACCAAGCUGUAUGCUUUAUCCUUCAACCCCCAAAUGACUUAUACAUGGAACCUCGGUCUCAAGGUUUGGGAUUCCAGGAUGCUGGUAUCUUUGAUCUUCUUCCGGAUCCCACGAUUAUAUGUGCACUUCUUGUCCGAACACCCAAAUGGCAAGGUCCAAAGACCCCUACUUCGUUAAUAGCUCUAGACCCACAUGUUCGUUUCCUGGCCUUCUAAUAAUCUAAAUAUACCAAUCUGCCCCCCUUCCCUAGAGCUACUUUACAUAUGAGAAGUCCCAUCAUUUACUUCUAGAAGCUGUUGCCACGGUCAAUAUGCGUUUUCUUGUGCUUUUUUCGUUUCAACUACAUGCCGCUGUUGCGUCACCCUACACACCACCAUCGGGAUAUUUGACGCCAAGAAUACAGCACCCAAUUGCCUCAUCAACGGCUGGAACCGAUGCUUUGGCAGCUAAUGCUCUCGCAAAUUGGCAGGCCCAUCAACCUAAAUCCAACAGCAGCUGUACUGAGGCAAAUGUAGCUGUGCGAAGAGAGUGGUAAGCACCUUUACCAUCAAUUAUCUCAGUUCAAUCGCCGACAUUAAAAUAGGGGAGAUCUCUCGGGGCCAGACAGGAAGGCCUAUACCGACGCUGUCUUGUGUUUGAUGGCCAAGCCACCGAGGACUGACAAUACUCUUGUGCCUGGUGCAAAGUCUCGGUACGUCAAUAAUGCUUCUUGUUUGAUAACCGGUUUUGUUGACUUUGCAUAGUUUUGAUGAUUUCGUCUGGGUCCAUAUGAAUCAAUCAUUAUAUAUUCAUGCGACUGUUAGUUGUCACCUCUAAAUGAAGACCUUCUUGAGUACUCUGCUAAUAUAUCACAGGCGAACUUCUUGACUUGGCACAGAUACUUUCUUUGGGCAUACGAACAGGCACUAAGAAACGAAUGUGGCUAUCAAGGAUAUCACCCAGUAGGUAGAUCUCUGUCAUCAAUUGUGUUGCUUUUCUAAUGUUUCAAAAGUACUGGAAUUGGGGAAGAUGGGCUGCCGAUCCAGCGAAAUCGCCAGUAUUUGAUGGAAGCGAAUUCAGUUUCUCAGGAAAUGGUGUUUUCCAGAACCACACCAUGACGAUGCCACCCCCAGGCAUAGAUCCCAUACUUCCCGGCGAAGGUGGCGGCUGCUUGGCGUCAGGUCCUUUCAAAGAUUCAAAAGUCAACCUAGGACCAGUUGUACCGACCUUCAACAUAACCAAACCUGGCCCCCCAGAGGUUGUCGGAAACGGAACAGCUUAUAACCCACGUUGCAUAAAACGAGAUAUUAGCGCCGCCGUCGCGCAAAGGCACUCUUCCGACUUAAAUUCUACCAAUCUUAUCAAAGACAGUCCUGAUAUCGCGACCUUUCAACGCAAGAUGGGAGGUGAAUUUUCCAAGGGUGAAUGGGGGGUUCACGCCGGGGGCCACUACACGUUCUUAGGUGACCCAGGAGGAGAUUUCUUCGUAUCGCCAGGAGAUCCCGUAUUUCAUGCUCAUCACUGUCAACUUGAUCGAAUUUGGUGGAUUUGGCAGUAUCAGGAUAUAGACAACCGCGUGAAUGUUAUCGAUGGAACGAUUACGAUGGACAAUACGCCGCCUAGCAGAAAUGGAACGCUUGAUGAUAUUGUAGAUCUUGGUGUCCUUGCGGAGGCUAUUUUGCCUUUAAAGUCUCUCACGAGUACCACUGGAGGCCCCUUCUGCUACAUUUACAAGUAGCUGUUUUCGGUUUCUAGUAUUUUUGUUUCACUGU